CCCUCUGGUGACAGAAAGUCGGCCCAGCAGAUGAGGAAGUGGCAGGCAGCCUGGCCCUGGGGACACCUCUCCGGCCCUGCUCCUUCCGAGCCCUCCACGACUGCCCGCCUGGCCCCCACUGGUGGGCUGUGUGAGUUUAUGUAUGUGACCAUAUUCAUCUGAGACUCAGACGUGUGAGGAAACCUGCGUUUGAGCACAAGCACUUGCACAUGUACCUGCACAGGUGCUUCUCUGGGUAGAGGGAGCCUGGCCGACCAGAGUGCAGGCAGCUCGCAGAGCAUCUGCUGUCCUGGCUGUUCGGGGAACGCCUUGCCCCUCUGGGACUGCCUCGAGUCCCAGGCUGUCCUCCGCCUGGGCCAAGGCUUUUGUGUCCCGGUGAGCCCUCCCCUGACAUUCCUUCAGGCUCUGAGGGGAAGAGGGCCUAGCCCAUUUUGACCCCCUACUUGAGGGAGGGGAAGAUUCCUGAGACCUCCCCUACUCCCCACCUCCUCACAUGCCACUCCCUGCCCCUCCCUGGGAGAGAAGGGUGAUGGUACCCAUUCUGAAGCAGGACAAACUGAGAAUUUAUGGCUAAUUUAGGAGGGGAUGCUGGGUGUGGGUUUUCAGCAGUUCUCUUUGGGCCAAGGCUAGACCUGGGGCUGGCGUCCUGGGAGGUUUCUAGCCAAAACCUAGAACCUUAGCUCAUCUGACUGGUCUGGGGUGGGCGGGUGGUGAGUCCUGGGCUUUACUUGGCUUUCUCAAUCCUGGUGGGUCCCCCAGGUACUGAACUGUGGCCUGGACCCACCCUCCACCCCAUGUGCGUACAGCGGGGCAAGCAGAGGGCGGGGCUGCUGCCAGAUCUAGUCAGACAGGUGGAGCCGCCAGGGCAGGAGCCUCAAAGAGCCGGGCUCCUGGAGAGGGAGGGUGAGAGGAGAGCUCCGGAGACAGGAGAGGCUAGAGGUGAGAGCCAAGGAGGGCAGAGGAGAGCCCGAGGGGGUGACUCAGCAGGGGAGAGGACAGGAGGGACCAUCCCGGGAGAUGUGCAUCCUGAAAUGGGGCAGGAGAAGUUGAAGGGGAGGACCCCUGGAGAGAAGGAAGACCCCAGGGCUGGAGAGGUGAGGGACUGGCAAGGAAGGGAGAGGAGGUUCGUUCUGGAGGUGAGUUCCCUGUUGGUAGGAAGUAAGACUCUCUGGAAAGAGACCAGAAAUUGAGAGUCCUCUUGUGGAAGAAGGGAGGGGAGGUCAGGAAGUAGAAAUCUCUGGAGAGGAGCAGAGCGUGAGGAGAGGAGAGGAAGGUGUGGAGAGGAAGGGCGGAAGAGCCCUUCCCAGGCAGGCAGGGUAUGCGGGAAGCAGAUCCCGCCCCCCACCCCGAGCGGCCUCCUCCUCACCCUAGUCCCCAGCAAUUCCUUCCUCUCACUGCUCUGUCCUUUCUGCAGUGAGGUGUUGGGAGUUGUCGCGUCUGGUCUGUGUCCUGUCUGUGGGUCAGGGGUGAAAUUGGGGCAUGGGGGGAACACAGUCGGCCCUGUCUGACACCCAUCCUCCCUACCUCGCCAGAGUCCUUAGCCAGGAUGGAGGCUGUUGUGAACUUGUACCAGGAGAUGAUGAAGCAUGCAGAUCCUCGGAUCCAGGGCUACCCUCUGAUGGGGUCCCCCCUGCUAAUGACCUCUAUCCUCCUGACCUACGUGUACUUCGUUCUUUCACUUGGGCCUCGCAUCAUGGCCAAUCGGAAGCCCUUCCAGCUCCGCAGCUUCAUGGUUGUCUACAACUUCUCACUGGUGGCAUUUUCCCUCUACAUCGUCUAUGAGUUCCUGAUGUCUGGCUGGCUGAGUACCUACACCUGGCGCUGCGACCCAGUGGACUUUUCCAACAAGCCGGAGGCACUGAGGAUGGUUCGAGUGGCCUGGCUCUUCCUGUUCUCCAAGUUCAUUGAGCUGAUGGACACGGUGAUCUUUAUUCUCCGGAAGAAGGAUGGACAGGUGACCUUCCUACAUGUCUUCCACCACUCAGUGCUUCCCUGGAGCUGGUGGUGGGGGGUAAAAUUUGCUCCAGGAGGAAUGGGCUCUUUCCACGCCAUGAUCAACUCCUCUGUGCACGUCAUCAUGUACCUGUACUAUGGAUUGUCUGCCCUCGGCCCUGUGGCUCAGCCCUACCUUUGGUGGAAAAAGCACAUGACAGCUGUCCAGCUGAUCCAGUUUGUCCUGGUCUCGCUGCACAUCUCCCAGUACUACUUCAUGCCCAGCUGUAACUACCAGUAUCCAAUCAUCAUCCACCUCAUCUGGAUGUACGGCACCAUCUUCUUCUUGCUCUUCUCCAAUUUCUGGUAUCAGUCUUACACCAAAGGCAAGCGGCUGCCCCGUGUACUUCAGCAAAAUGGAGCUCCAGGUACUGCCAAAGUCAAGGCUAACUGAGAAACAUGGCCUAGCUAGGCGCCCACCUAAGUGCCUCAGGACUGCACCUCGGGCAGCAUCUGUCAUUGUCCUCCCCAGCUACACCUGUGACCAGGGCUUAUGUGGUCAGGACUGAGCAGGUGACAGGUCCUCUGCUCCCCACAGCUGGUACACAGGGACCACUGCUUCCAUUCCUCCUCUUCUGGCCAGCCCCAGGGACAAGGCCACUCCAGAGCCAGGGGCCGAAAGGGCUGGACACUUAUUUCCCCCUCCCUGCCUUACACGUGGGAGAGGAGCACUCAGGGCUGGCCCCCACCAGGGUCGUGUGGCCUUUUUCCUCACACUGAAGAGGUCAGCAAUAAUCUGUCACUGUGGACCCAGGCUCCCUCCUUCUCCACCCCACACUGAAGUAGGAGCUUCUUGGCCAAAGGUCAGGGUGGUGGGGGCCUGGGAAUACAGCCUGUGGAGGCUGCUCACUCCUUUAUGUCUUCAUUAAAAGUGACAGAGGAAACCA